AUGGAGUGUCUGAAUCAAACAGCCCCAAAUGAAUUUAUCCUCUCUGGGUUUCCUUGUACAGAAGACUUAAAGGUCCCCUUGAUUCUCUUCUUCUCCACUAUGUUUGCACUCACCAUUUCUGGGAAUUCUAUGAUCAUCUUGGUGGUGAUCUUUGACCUUCAACUGCACAAGCCCAUGUACUGGUUCCUCUGCCAUCUCUCCAUCCUGGACAUGGUCUUCUCAGCUGUGGUGGUCCCCAAAGUGAUUGCAGGGUUCAGUUCCAGAGGGAAAAUCAUUUCUUUUCCUGGAUGCGUGACAGAGGUCUUCUUUUUUAACUCUGUCGGGUGUGCAGAAUGUUUUCUUUACACCUUGAUGGGUUACGACCGCUUCUUGGCCAUUUGUAAACCCCUCCACUAUGGCAACCUCAUGAGCUGGAAAACCUGUCUCACCCUCUCCUUGGGUACCAUAAUUGGAGGCAGCCUCAAUUCUGCAUUUCAGACCUCGAUCACUUUUCAUGCGCCUUACGGAGAGGAUAAUUACAUUGACUAUGUCUUCUGUGACAUUCCAUCCAUCCUUAAGCUGGCGUGCGUGGACAUAAAACUCAACGCAUUGAUGUUCAUUGUUGACAUCAACUUCAUAACGAUGACCUGCUUUCUCCUCAUCCUAGCCUCUUACGCUUACAUCAUCACAGCCAUUUUGAAGAUCACUAGCAGUGAAGGUCAACGCAGAGCCUUCUCCACUUGCACUGCCCAUCUUACGGUGGUGUGCAUUUAUUUCCUGCCUGUGUUUUAUCAUUAUAUGAGGCCAUCUUCUCAGGACUCCAUGGAUAGUGUGGUAAGCAUGUUCUACACCACCAUCACUCCUUUGUUGAACCCAUUGAUAUAUACGCUUAGGAACAAGGAGAUGAAAAGGGCUCUGCUGAAAUUCUGGGUUGGUAAUCCAGAGUAG